ACAUCCUGUUUGCUGCUCCACGUUUUUCCCGAACCCAGGAAAAAGAUGUUAAGAUAUUUAUCAUCGUAACUUUAGCCAGCCUUUUAUAUGAAGACUUGAUUUCGAGCAAAUAAAGAGGACUUUAACAUCUUCAUCACAAAACAUGAGAAAAAGCACAUGUUUCUUGGAUUGUAUUGUUUCUUUUAUUGGAUCAAGAUUUUUGUUAGCAAUACUUUCAAUAUUUCUACAUCUGAAAUGUGCAUGGUCUCAGGAUUUGGAUCAAAAAGUCAUGAUGUUUAGCCAUGAAAAAAGUCUUGUCUAUGGCCCAGGAUUUCAGAAAGAUUUUCAUAUGCCGGUACGAUACUUUUUUAUUCAAGCUGUUGACGUCAAUGGUGAAAAUUUUACAGAAUCUCCAUCUGGGAAGCUUGAAGUUCACAUCACUGGCUAUAAACAAAACUGUCGUAUCUGGACACAGUUAUUUGAUCAAAAGAAUGGAAUUUAUAUAGCAAGAUACAAACUCUAUGAUCAGUGCUCUGCAGUUGAGAUAAAUGUAAAAUAUGAGGGCCAACCAGUACGAGAAUCUCCUUACAUUGUAGAAGGACCUCUAUACCAUGAACAUUGUUAUUGUCCGGUAUCCCUUCCAACGUGGCUAGACUUGAUGAGUUGUUAUGGCAACUAUUCCCAAAUUCAUGCUGACUUGUCAAAUUUUCCACAAGUUGACAUGGAAAUGGCUUUGGAUAGUGCAAUUAAACGAUUCAACAUGCCUGGAGCUAUCAGCUUUUGCCAUUAUAGUGUUAUCAAAAAUGAGGUUUAUAGAAAGUGUUAUGGUCAGCAUGUGGGUUUCAAUAUGUUUAUGGAUGCCAUUCUUCUCUCUGUUACCCGUAAGGUACAGCUUCCAGAUCUUGAAAUGCUGGUCAACUUAGGUGAUUGGCCCUUAGAAAAGAGGCUUGUGAAAGACAGUCCUAUUCCUUUUUUCUCCUGGUGUGGUUCAAAGGACACGCGAGACAUUGUAAUGCCCACUUACGAUAUAACUGAAGCAACACUGGAGAUGAUGGGAAGGGUCACUCUUGAUAUAUUCAGUGUAAUGGGGAACUCAGGACCCAAAUGGGAAAACAAGGUUGAAAAGGGUUUUUGGCGUGGGCGAGAUAGUCGUCAAGAACGUUUGGAUCUAGUAAAGCUGGGAAGAAAAUAUCCUGAUCUUAUUGAUGCAGCCCUUACUAAUUUUUUCUUCUUCCGUGAUCAGGAGAACGAACUUGGACCCAAAGUUCCUCAUGUGUCGUUUUUCGAUUUUUUUAAG